AUGGACCUGACACUGGACUCACUGUGUGACUUUUUGACGACUCCUUGUGUAUCACCCGUUAUACACCAUUCGACAGUGUGCAAAGAUUCACCAUCACCACCUUUCACCCCAUCAGACUCUGUCUAUAGUCCUUCAGGCUCCGUAUCUAAUCACACGAGUCUCGCCGCCUCCGCCUCCGCCUCCUUCUCAUCGCAGAAACCCACUACAACCACCACCAUUGAUACUCCUGGAACCACUUGCCUUCCUCUGACAUUGUCUAUACCCAUCUCUUGUCAUCUCCAGUGGGCUAAUUAUCCACUUCCUCCUCCCACUUUGACCAUCUACUCCCCAAAGUCUCGGUCCGAUACCUGCUUCUCGCCUCUCAGAACGACAACACGCUCCGCCACACCGACAACGACAAGCAGCUUCGACGACCUCAUCACUCCCUCGACGACUGAGCUUCCGAGCGAUACAUCCGUGGAUAUCGGCAAACUGCUUGAAUCGGCUGCUUUGGAGAUCCUCACUCCGACCUCAAAAGUGUUUGAACUGCUGGAAUCCUCGUUCCACAGCCCAGAUAGGACCACGCCAAUGGGAGACAUCAAAGCGCCAUCUUUGGCAGCGGCGUCAACGGCGACGACGACGAGGACGUCGUAUUCUGAGCAGCAGACUGAAGUUUAUGACUCGCCAACGUUUGUAGACCCCUUAGAUGAGCGACGUACUUCUCUAGUUCAGUCCGAGUCCAGUGGAGAGAACAUGAUUGCACCCCAUGUCCCGACCAUGUUACCUCCUUUGCGAUCUCACGAGGUAUCGCCUCACAUUUCGGCAUACCAUUCGACGGCAGGCUACGCGCACAAUGGUCAAUACUAUUAUUCGAAUCAUUCUAUGGGGCAUCCCGGGUCCUACACGUACCAAUCUUCCAACUCCUCUGCCUACACUCAGCCGAAAUAUCAUACUAGUCUAUACUAUGGCAGUAUGACGACCCCGACGACUCAGUCCACUCAAUCCACCCAUUCCGACCUUGGCACGCCUCUGACGGAUCAUCAUGGCCCAGAUAGUAUGAACGGCAGCGGUAGCGUUGGCGGAGGGUACGCCUACUCUUCGUCGCAGAUUUACGGGACGAUUCAACCUUCUGCGAUUCAGUCAUGGGAUCAGACAUCUCGAUCGAGAUUGGAGCUAGGAACAGGCGUAUCAAAUACAAGUGGCAUGUUGUCAGCACCAUCCCCGAGGUUCGGUAAUGAUCGCAAGACAAUCUCGCCAGGAUCGAUACGGAGCGACAGUAAAGUAUCCAGUGGCGGGCCAAUGGCGGCGGCUGGGGCAGGGGCAGAUUGGACCAGACCGAGCUCAGCCAUGUCAGGAUUGUCUGUCGAUGGAGAUCAUGUUGGAUCUACAGGUAUAUCAGGGGCGGAAAGUACUUUGAUCGGAUUGGGCAUCGUUCCUGGGACGGUUCAGUACACUUCGGAAGCGGAGAUUAAGCAGACAGACGAUCUCAAACGCAUGUGCUUUAAUUGCCGUGCGAUCCAACCUCCAAGUUGGCGCAAAUCGGUUCUCUACCUUGGCAAGAUUCUAUGCAACAUGGCCUGGUGCCGUUGUGUGGGGCCUCUCUUAGACAACGCUGAUCCGGGUCUCCCUCUAGAAUGCGGGAUAUACGAACGGACACAUCGUCGACCUCGUCCGCCUCAAAAUGACGAGCAAAAGCUUCGUCGGGGAUCCGUCUCUGCGGCUCAGAUCCAGGAUCUCGGAGUCGAUGGACGAUCAGCCAAGAUGCCUUCUGCUCGAUUAGCGGUGAUGCGUGAAAAUGGGGACGAGGAUGGAGAUUCAGGCCAGGAUAGUCCGUAUUCUACCGUUCCGAGCUUAGAAUCCUAUCUCGCGCCUGUCCACCGGUAUCAUCCUUCUCCCUAUACCGGCAAGAACGGACUGGACCAAUGGGCUGGGGUUCCGAGCGGGACUGCAUCGAUCUAUCGUAGACACUCUCAAGCGGCUUCAAAGCGGAAAACGAACAAACACCUGGAUCAUCGCGCUCGACGUCCUCAUCAUUCCAUGUCGGCCAGCCAAUCUCGACCGUCACCUUCAUCGUCGACUGCCUUCCUCCGAGAUGGAGCUUCUCAAGACUCUGACGUCCACGUACAUGGACACGGACACGAACACGGCGUCGGACACGGUUACGGUCACAGCAGUCCUUACGCUCAUGCGUAUGCUCGAAGAUCAGGCUACAUCUCUACUUCUUCUCACGGCCUGAAAUCCCGGUUUGACCACUCGGCUUCGUUGACGCUUGGCGGCGAGAGUAACGCGAGUGUGUCACAUAUGGGACGAUCGAUCUAUUCCGCCUCGACCUCGACUUUAGCUUACGACCGUCCUUCCCUUCACGCUUCAUCCUCUAUGUGGGAGAAUGGCUCGAGAAGGUUCAGCGAUGGUCAAGUCAUGUUACCCCAGCCGUCCAUCUUGGAUUCGAUGGACCAAAGUCAAUACUAUCAGCUUCCCUACGGUACAACCACGAGGAUGAUGCAGGAUGACACUGGGUACGGCAACACAACAACGGUGACAGGACAUUCGGGGACUUCUUCCAAGAUGAGGGAUCAAGCUAGCGAUGACGAUGAGCCGGAUCGACAAGAGUAUCAGAGACGAGAUGAUGGUGGUCGAAUCAGGGACGUGAACGAGAACGAGAACGAGGACGAUGGCGACGACGCUGACGAGGACAAUGACGAAGAGGAUGACGAGGAAGAGGAUGAAGAGGAAUCAGAUUUCCCAGAUGAAGAUGAUGGAGGGGAGUACAUCCCUCGAGGCAGGGCAUGA